AUGCCAUGUGCAACGGUCUCAGCGGCGUCGCUUUCCACCGCAUGCUUCCCAACGAGCUCCGGCAGAACUGCACCUCCCCCCACCUCCGUCAAGACCUCCGACGAUCGCAUACUGCCCCCUCCGUCAGAAGAGGCCGUGGACAUGGUCUUCCGCGAGGUGCUCAAGCUCUUCAACCCCAUGCCUGGGGCGACACUCGGCGACAUGCGCGAAGAGCCCAGUCCCGAAGGUCUCCAACGAUCACACAACGCGACCCUGACGGCGACCCUCCACACGCUCCCUCUCCUCGUCCUCUCGCACCUGCUUCACAAGCACGAGCGCGGGAAGUACAGUCAUACACGGGUCCUCGGGACACCAUGGGUCCUCGGGACACUGCGUGUUUUCUGA